CGCUCCCCGCCAUCUUGCUCGGGCGAGUUUCAAGCGUGGGGGCGACUCUAUCAGGUGCGUACAGUCGCCUGCCUUUAGAAAUCAGCGUAACCACGAUUCCUCUCGAAUCGGGUUCGCUGCAUCGUCUUCCUCUUCGUCGUCGACUUCCGGUUCGUUCAUUUCAACAGAUGUUCCGUGACUUUUUGUCCCCUGAGCGUCGCUCGAGCACAGGGCUUCGAAACGCAGAACCGCAGGCGUUAUUCCCCGAAGACGGUUGCCUUGGAAUUCCUGCAGUUACCCUCCACGAUCGACUCGAAGUAAUUUCGAUACGAAAGAAAGAGUUUAUUCCGAAGCAACUCGCUUCGUGGGUUCGCUUCGACUUUGAAUUUUCGAUUCGUAUCGUGUGUCUGGAAAGAGCAACCGUAGCCACAGCAUCAGAAAUGAGCGAGAGGAGUCGCUUCUUUCUCUGUCCAUGGAGCUCAAGGUUUUCAGCUCGGUGAAUACGCGGUAACCAUGCCGGGAACCUGUUCCCCCUGUGAAAGAAGGCUCUUUAAAGUCUCUCCUCGUGCGUCCUACCCUUUCGGCCUCCUUUCUCCGUCGAUUCUUCGAUUUUGACUUUGCUAGUAAGAUCACGGCAUUACUAAACUCCAUUGACUAAUAUAUUCCCUAUAAAAUGACGCCACACAGUUUCUUAGUAUCUUGUACCACAUUUUUCCUCCUUUUCAAUCUACAGAAAUUAUGUUGGACAUGCUUGACGUCACCGACGUUAUCCGGUUUUUUGAUUAAAAUAAUCUUGUCCCUUGAAGGAACAGACUGUUUACAUAAUCCAUCAUCAACGGAAUCCGAAGUAAUAUGUAGAAAACCUUUCACGGUUUGUUCUCGUGUGCGCGUAAAUAACGGUUCUGCAGGCUGACCGCGUGCCUGAUUUCUCUGACGCCAUCUUUUCUUCGCUGCCCGGCAUUAUUCACGGAACGAGAUGACAGUUUCAGCCGGCGGAAUGGAAGCGUCGCGUCGACGAGAAAUAAAUCAUUGCGCGUGCAUAUUUCAUUUAUUUAAUUACCGUUUGCCAGUGGUGGUUUAGUUGCUUCCCGGUUAGCCAAGUAUCGAGCAAACGGCAACAUUUAUUAUUCGUGCCAUGAAAGUUGGGUUUGGACCUGGUGCCUCGUCAGGGUGCCCAUAUGGUGGACCCGGAUACCAUGUCGGUCGUCGAACUUUAUCACGUGCACGUGCAGAGCGCGGAGAAUUCACAGGGUGCUUCGGCUCGUGGCACGCUCAGGCGGAAGGAGCACAAAAAGGUGUUAACCCAUCACCUGUACUUCUGCAUGAGAGAUUUCGGGCAUUCGAUCGGCGAGGACACCGAGAUAUAUUUCUCUUUGUACGACGCGAAGAGGAACGAAUAUCUGAGCGAGCGUUUCCUGGUGCGGAUCUCGAAGGAGGGUUUCUCGAGUUUCAUCGAGAAGAUACACAGCAACUGUACGAUUUUCACUGAUCUCGGUAACGCUGAUCUCAGCAGGGAUCUGUACAUGGUGGCACACGUGAUGCGAUGCGGGAGAAUGCUGUAUUCCGAUUCCGGCAAGAACAAAGCUGGAACCGCCACUUACAGGAGACCCCAUGGCGUCGCGGUGCUCUCCCUCGCCGAAGCCACCCAGGAUCACACCGAGGAACUCGAGAUGACGUUCAAGGUAUGCCAAGGCGAGGAGAAGGAGUUUCAUCAGCUGCACGAGCAGAUCAUCCGCAACAACAAGUGUUCCCCGCUUCCUGGUCAGCCGAAUUACGGGAUAGUGGUUUCCUUGCGAGUUCUUCACGGCGAAUUGAGCCAGGUGCGAGAAGAGAAUCCUUUGCUCUUCAAGAAUAUCUGUCUGACGAAGAAGCUCGGCUUCUCCGACGUGAUCAUGCCGGGCGACGUGCGGAACGAUUUGUACCUGAAACUAGAGCGCGGGGAGUUCGAGAGGGGUGGAAAAUCGACUGGGAAAAAUAUCGAGGUGACAAUCUUGGUGUUGGACGCGGAUGGUAAACCUCUGGAGGGUUGCUUGUUUGGCGCUGCUGGAACGGAGGACAGUUCUGAAUACCAAAGCUUAAUCAUAUAUCACCAUAACAGUCCCUCGUGGGCGGAGACUGUUCGAUUGGCGAUACCUAUAGACAAGUUUUACGGAAGUCACGUUCGUUUCGAGUUCCGACACUGUUCUACACGCGAGAAGACCGACAAGAAGUUGUUCGCCUUCGCUUUCGUGCGUCUCAUGGAACCCGGAGGAGCCACUCUUCAGGAUGGUCUUCACGAGUUGUAUAUCUAUAAAUGCGAAGAUCGUUCGAAGUUGGAUUCGUUGAGUUACCUAACUUUGCCCACCAGUGCUCGAGAACCAAACGCAACGGGAACGCCAGCGUUUUCGAGAUCCCCAAAGGAGGCUGUGUUCGUGCACACGUUGUUGUGCAGCACAAAGUUGACGCAGAACGUUGAUCUUCUAAGUCUACUUCAGUGGAAGGCGCAUCCGGAACGGAUCUCAGAGGCUCUCGGUCGAGUACUGCGACUAGACGGCGAGGAGUUGGUGAAAUUCCUACAGGAUAUCUUGGACGCGCUGUUCUCCAUGUUCCAUACGGAGGACGGGAAUUCUACAGCUCAUUCGGGCUUAGUUUUCCAGGUGUUGGUCUCCAUUUUUAGCCUUCUCGAGGAUUCCAAGUUCGAGCAUUUCAAACCCGUGAUGGACGCUUACAUAUCCGGCCACUUCGCCGCUGCCUUGGUGUACAAGGGUCUUUUGAGCAGCGUGCAGCACUGCGCCGAUUGGGUGACAGCGGCAGAGAAGCAAGAGCCCAUCAUCAAAUGCUUUCGUUCUCUGGAAUACAUCUUCAAGUUCAUCAUACAGAGUCGUCUGUUGUUCGCCAGAGCGACUGCCGGUCAAUACGAGGACAGCUUCAAACGAGAUCUGUACUGCGUGUUCGCGGCGUUGAAUAAAAUGUUAGGCAUCCCUUACGAAAUGGUUCUUAACUCUCAGAUGGCAUUACUGUACUCGAUCUCGCCAGUGUUCGAGCAACUGGUUGCUGUGUUACCUGUCCUGGAGGUGGCUAAGCUCACCUGCACGAUGCUAGACUCCGUGCCACGCGAACCACCUUUGCCAUUAACUCAAGCCAAGCUGACGGCCAUCAAGAAUUUGACCACGUCCUCGUUAUUCCGCGAGGACGACGAGAGCAGAAAUCUCCUGCUGGUAACCAUGUGCAGACACCUGAGGAUUCAUCUGAUCAGACGCGAAGAGCUUCGUUCCUGCACCGAGAUCUUCGGCGAGAUACUCAGUUUCCUGCACAAACGAGGUCGAGACACCAAUAAAGUGAACAAUUGCAUCCAGCACGACGUCGAAACGCUCUGUCUGUCGAUCCUCGACGUUUUAAUACAGACCAUACUGAUCGUCAUCAACACCAGUGGUCCUGUACUGGGCUGUCUAGUCGCUUGUCUGAUAGGACUGCUUCAGCUUCUCGACGAAUAUCAUUAUUCCCGGCUGUGGGAAGAGCUCGCUCACGCUGGCGAACGAAAACCCCUUAAGGAUUUUCUUCUUAGAGUGUACCUGGUCCUUCGCGACCUCGUCAGACAGGAAGUGUUCCCACCGGACUGGCUGGUAAUCAGAAUGCAGGCGAAUAACGUUAUCCUGAAGUCUCUUCAGGAACUCGCGCAGCCUUUGGCCUUUCGCUUCUCCGGCGAGUACUUCGAUUCCCAACUCUGGUCGACUUACUUCAACUUGGCUGUAGCCUAUCUCACUCAGCCGUCCCUGCAGCUGGAGCAAUUCUCCGAAGUGAAACGCGAGAAGAUCGUCGAGAAGUACGGAGACAUGAGAGUAUUCAUGGGCUUCCAAAUACUCUCCAUGUGGACUCAGUUGGCUGAGAGGAAGUUAGAGUUCAUUCCUGGAAUGGUGGGUCCUUUCCUGGAGGUCACCUUGGUUCCCGAGAGCGAACUUCGUAAGGCUACCUUGCAUAUCUUCUUUGAUAUGAUGGAAUGCGAGCAACGGGCUAGAGGUAGCUUCAAAACCGUGGAAUCGGAAUUGAUAGACAAAUUAGAUAUCUUGAUCAGCGAGAACAAGGGUGACGACGAGUACAGACAGUUGUUCAACACUAUGGAGCAUCUUAGUGCUGUAUUAUUGGAUAGAGUGCAGUCGGAAGAUCCAACCUGGAAGGAGAGCGGAACAGCUUUCAUCACGUCGAUCACCCGUUUGCUGGAAAGACUCCUGGAUUACAGAAGCGUUAUUCAGGGAGACGAGAAUCGCGACAAGCGAAUGUCGUGUACCGUUAAUUUACUGAACUUUUACAAAAAUGAAUUCAAUAGAAAGGAAAUGUACCUGCGCUAUAUUUACAAAUUGCACGACCUACAUCUGGCAGCAGAAAACUACACCGAAGCUGGAUUCACCAUGAAGUUAUACGCUGAUCAACUGGGUUGGGGUUCGACGAUCUUGCCCCCGGAUCAUUCUCAUCCCCAACAGCCAGAAUGGCAGAGAAAAGAGGUGCUCUAUCACAAGAUAAUCCAUUAUUUGGAUCGGGGCAAGUGCUGGGAGAAGGGUAUACCCUUGUGCAAGGAACUGGCGGUGCUAUACGAGACGAGGUUGUACGAUUACGCGAAACUGAGCCACGUACUGAAAUUGCAAGCCAAGUUCCUCGAUAAUAUACUGACGCAGCUUCGGCCCGAACCUGAAUACUUUAGAGUAGGCUUCUAUGGUCUUAGUUUUCCUCUCUUCGUUAGGAAUAAGCUGUUUAUAUAUCGUGGUUUAGAGUACGAGAGAAUAGGGGCAUUCACGCAGCGACUGCAGACUGAAUUUCCAAGCGCACAAAUAUUAAUGAAGAACUCUCCCCCCGAUGAGAGUAUUCUUACAUCCGAGGGCCAAUAUAUACAAAUCUGCAACGUGAAACCGAUCCCAGAGGAGAGUAGCCUAGCCUGUAGGGGAGCGGAAGUACCGGAGCGUGUGGUCGCUUUCUACUUGGUGAACGACGUACGGAAGUUCAUCUUCGAUCGGCCGUUACACAGGGGCCCGGUCGAUCGCGAGAACGAAUUCAAAUCACUGUGGAUCGAGAGAACUACCCUGACCACCGAGGCGAAACUACCCGGUAUACUCAGGUGGUUCGAGGUAAUCGAAAAAAGAUCCGAACUGCUGGCUCCUGUACAAUACGCCUGCGAGACAAUGCAGAGCGUGGAGAGAGAACUGAGGAGACUGGUCGCACAAUACACUGCCGAACCUCAUCGAAACAUUAAUCCCUUUAGUAUGAGACUCCAGGGCAUCAUCGACGCGAACGUGAUGGGCGGAAUCACGAAAUACCAGGAAGCUUUCCUCACUCCAGAAUUCGCUAGACAGAAUCCGGACAUGGUGCCGCACGUGAACAGGCUGAAGGGGUUGAUUCUGGAUCAAAUGAGCGUGCUGGAGGCUGGACUUAAUUUACACGGUCAAAUUGCACCGGCUGGGGUGCAGCCACUUCACAAAAGACUGAACGAGAGAUUCACGCAGCUAAAGCAAGGCCUGGGUCCAUUGGCCAGGCAACGAACUAUUCAUCACGAUAGCAUCGUCAAUUCACCAUUACCUCCGUUACCCACUAACGAGAAGCAACGUCCAGCCACGUUGGAGACAGCUGGUUCCAGAUACUCCCACGCAGACAGCGACGGUCUACCCGAGGACGAAGGUUUUUAUACAAAAGUGGACGGUGGUCCACCACCUAUACCUCAACGAGAAGUACGGCCUCGUUCUGUAGGCUAUGGAACCACUCCACCAAGACCCACCCACCAGAGAUCUCUCAGCAAACCGUUAAGUCCAAAGCUACCACUUAGACAUUCUCUGCCGACGCCCACCGACGGUGUUGAUCAAACUGGUUUAAGAACUUCCUGGAGCGAACCUGGCCCUGAACCAGCUCCACCACUGCCACCCAGGGGUUGCACCCCAGAUAAGAGAGACUCGAACACGAGUACCAUCGUGCCACCAGCGCCUCCAAAACGUUUAGCGUACAAACGUAACACCGAGUGGAGCACCGACGACGAUUCGGAAGCGCAAAACGAGCCGAACGAUCUUCGCGAUAGCGGUAUAUCAACUGCCAGUUUAUUGGACUUCCAAUCGCAUCUGACCAAUUUAAACAACUUAGGUUACGAGGACUUUGAGCCACGGUCGAGAUGCAACGAUAUCAUGAACAUUUCACCGCCAUCAGUAAUCAACGCGCUAAACGUUUCCACGAGUAAUUUUGCUAGCGGUAUGUUCCAGGGCUCGCAUUCUCUACCGGGUCAGGAGGUGAGUCCACCCCCGAUACCACCCAAGGCACAUCAGGACACUCCAUCGGCACCGUCGACCUUGGAACGAGUUUCGAAUCGUACACAGUUACACGGCCAUUCCGAGAAUUACUCGGUGCCGAAGCUCCAGACGUUGUCCAUGGCGUCUGACACGGAAAGCACUGUGUAACAUCGAUGAAUCUCCUAGUCUUAGCGAUUAAUCGUGAUGUGCGUGUGCCACAGUCGAGCAGAUCUGAUUUUAGAAUCGUACGUAACAGCGAAGCUUCUAUCACGUUACUAACCAUUCAAUCCUAUUGGAUUUGCACAACGGGGUCUCUGACAUUUGCACAUCAUCCUAACGUAUAUACAUUAAUAUACAUAAGAAAAUCCUGCAAUAAUCGAACUGAAGUCUUCUAGUUGCGUAACUCGACAUGUCUGAAACAUCUAGUGAUGGGCAUUCCUUUUGCAAUUGAAAAUCUUCGAAUACUUAAAUAAACGUAGUUACUGAGCGAAUCUUGGAAGUCUUCAAGUAUUAUUAAUUCCUGAAAAUGAAGGAUACGAGUCUUUGUUGCAUCAAAUUUUAUGAAGAUAAAAUGAAAAUGAAAACUUUUUGAAUGAAGAAGUAAUGUUAGUAUUAUUAAGUAGUAUUAUCAUAUGAUUUAUAGUAUUAUUUUAUAGUAUUAUCUUUCUUAUUGAAACGCUGAUAUGGUAAACGACUCUCAAGACUUUCCACGCUUUUCGAAACUUAUAAUUUCACUUAAUUGAAAGUGAAUCAUUAAUUAGUAGCCCAUCACUGAUCGCACCCCUCACCUGUGUAUAACGUACCUUAGUAGAGGCAGUAUCGAAACGCUGAGAACCAUCAAGACUCGUCGUAGGACACAUCUGGUAGCUCUUGGCGUUCAACUCGAUAUUAUUACGAUGACUUUAUGUUAAAGACGACGAUCUUCCGAAUACUAACCUAACUAUAUUUUGUAAUUUAUUUAUAUUUUCGAUGAAAAUAAAAGUAAUUUUUAUCAACGAGACUGGUGCAGCCCUGCGCGAACAUCAUCGUAUCAUCGUCACAGGUAAAGAAAAUGAGAAGAAAAAAAAAAGCGGGAUGAAAAAAAGUUACGAACGCUCGAUCAAGGAUAUAUAUAAAUUAUGUAUUUUGUCACAUUCUUUUCGUAUAUAAAUAUAUACAAAACUAUGAAAAUUGCGUUGCACGGUUGUACGCUUAUUCCAUGGCAUGUAUAAAACAUUGUAAACUUCUUUAAAAAAAAAUUGGAAAUGAAAAAAGAGAAAGAAGAGAUGAUAGAAUCUAAAUAUAUAUGUAUAAAAAAAAAAA